AGUGUGGUGGGGGCCGGCCAUAUUGUCUCUGAGACAGCAGAAAUCUUCCCAGUCGAUACGGAACCGGCGAGAAGAAGGGAACUCGCUACCAUAACGAUCGAGGGGUCCGCAGCGGAGAUCUUAACGAGGAGCUGUACAGAGGUGCCACUCGUGGCCCCCUGCUCCCAGCCAGGCCCACCCCUCGACCUCGCCCUCUCCCUCUCAUUGGUGCACAACUGAGGGGCAGACUCUGAGCCCCCCCCGCCCAUCUCUUCCCGCCCAUUCACCGGAAGCUGCACCCUACCCACGCUGCCAAGCUGUCGGAUAUGUCAGGACCUGUGCCGAGCCGGGCCCGAGUGUACACCGAGGUGAACACGCAUCGGCCGCGGGAGUACUGGGAUUACGAGUCCCACGUUGUCGAGUGGGGAAACCAAGAUGACUUUCAGCUGGUGCGAAAAUUGGGGCGAGGCAAGUACAGCGAGGUCUUCGAAGCAAUCAACAUCACCAACAACGAAAAGGUGGUGGUGAAAAUACUCAAGCCCGUGAAGAAGAAGAAAAUUAAGCGUGAAAUUAAGAUUCUGGAGAAUCUCAGAGGAGGACCCAAUAUUAUUUCCCUCUUAGACAUCGUCAAAGACCCUGUGUCUCGGACGCCUGCUUUGGUUUUUGAACAUGUUAACAACACAGAUUUUAAGCAAUUGUACCAGACCCUAACGGACUACGACAUAAGGUUCUACAUGUACGAGAUUCUUAAGGCCCUGGAUUACUGCCACAGCAUGGGAAUCAUGCACAGGGACGUGAAGCCUCACAACGUGAUGAUCGAUCACGAACACAGGAAGCUGCGACUGAUUGACUGGGGUCUAGCUGAGUUCUACCACCCAGGGCAGGAGUACAAUGUCAGAGUGGCCUCUCGUUACUUCAAAGGGCCAGAGCUGCUGGUAGAUUAUCAGAUGUAUGACUACAGUCUUGACAUGUGGAGUCUGGGCUGCAUGUUGGCCAGUAUGAUCUUCAGGAAGGAGCCCUUCUUCCAUGGUCAUGACAACUACGACCAGCUGGUGAGAAUAGCAAAAGUCCUUGGAACCGAGGACCUCUAUGAUUACAUUGACAAGUACAACAUCGAACUGGAGCCUCGCUUCAAUGACAUUUUAGGAAGGCAUUCUCGUAAGCGAUGGGAGAGGUUCGUUCACAGCGAGAACCAGCACCUCGUCAGCCCCGAAGCCCUGGACUUCCUGGACAAACUUCUGCGAUACGACCAUCAAGCCCGGCUGACAGCCCGCGAGGCCAUGGAGCACCCCUACUUCUAUCCUAUUGUAAAAGAACAGUCUCGAAUGGGGGGGUCGGCCAACCUGCCAAGCGGGAACACACCUGUGAGCUCUGCCAACAUGAUGUCAGGGAUCUCUGCCUUGCCAACCUCCUCUCCCCUGGGCCCCCUGGCUGGCUCGCCGGUCAUCUCUGCCACCAACACCCUGGGCACGCCGGUGCCCGCGGCGGCCGGAGCCCAGCAGUGACGCGUCCUCCCACCUCUCGCUGCUGCCAGAGCACCAACGCCCCCCCCCCCCCCUCCCCCAACAC